AUGUGCUACGUGUGCAUCCUUCAAAACGCCUUCGUUGUGUUAGACACCCCCUCCCCCACCACCCUGCUUAUCCGUGACGCCAUCUACCUCAACGCCCGCCCCUUUACCGCACACUUUGAUAAGCUUAAGCCCUACCGAGGUCGCCUACCAACUUGCUCACCCGACUACUUACCCAUACUCCCUGCUGACCAGGUCCCCCCGAUCGCUAUCGAGGUCACCGUCCCACCACCCCUUGUCGAUCUCAGCACUGAGGACAGUGCUCCACCUUAG